AUCAACGUGGCUGGCGAUGUUUUCAAGCGUGUGGCGAUAAUUUAGAGGAAAGUUUAGUGACUGUGAGGACAAAAAGCAGAAUGGGUGAGUUCAAGGUGCACCGUGUUCGCUUCUUCGACUACAUGCCCAGCGCCAUCCGAGCCAUGGCGUUCAACCACCGGACGGAGCGGCUGGCUGUGGCCCGGAGUGAUGGAGCGGUGGAGAUCUUCAACUUCACUGACAGCUACUACCAGGAGAAGGUGAUCCCCGGUCGGGACGGCAGAGCUGUGGAGGCUCUGUGUUGGGUCGGUCAGCGUCUGUUUAGCGCCGGUUUGAACGGUGAGAUCACAGAGUACGACCUGGAGAACCUGAGGCCUCAGUACAUUGUGGAGGCCUACGGAGGACCGAUCUGGACCAUCAGCUGCAACAGCCAGGGGACUCAUCUGGCGGUGGGCUGUGAGGACGGAACAGUGAAGCUGUUUGAGAUCCUGAAGGAGAAGAUUCAGUUCCAAAGAAACCUCGACAGGCAGAAAAGUCGCAUCAUAUCUCUGUGCUGGCAUCCCUCUGGUGCACAGAUCGCUGCUGGAAUGAUGGACAUGAUCAAAAUCUUUGACACAGAGACCGGCCGAGCGACCCACCGGCUGCUGGUGGAGAGAGGAGUGGGGACGUCCAAAACCCGGGAGGUGGUGGUCUGGAGCGUCGCCUUCCUGUCCGACAACACCAUCGUCAGUGGCGACUCGGCGGGGAAGGUGCAGAUCUGGGACGGGUCCAUGGGGACUCUGGUCCGAACCCACCUGGUCACCAAGUGGGACGUUCUGGCGCUGUCGGUGUCGCAGGAUGAGAGCAGUUUGAUCGCCGGGACGUCGGAGGGAACCGUCGUCCAGUUCCAGUUCCUCUCCUCCACUGUGGACCGACAGGACCCCGAGUGGGUCAGAACCAGGACCUUUAAGAGCCACUCGCAUGACGUGAGGGCGCUGGUUCUGACCGACACCGCCGUGGUUUCUGGAGGUAUGGACACCCAGCUGUCAGUGCGCCCCCUGCUGGACAAAGUGGAGAAGAACACACAGGAGGCGGCGCAGCGCAAGAUCGCGUUUCCUCAUAGAAACCUCGUCAGCUGUGCGAAGAAAGCCGGACUGCUGCUCUUCCAGUUUCCUGAUCAUUUGGAGCUUUGGAGGCUCGGAGAGAGCGACGGGAACGGGAAGCCUGGCGACAGUUUGCCUUUGAAGAGGAAACCAGAGAAGCUGCUGCAGCUGAAGAGGAAGGGAGAAGAUCACAUCUGCUGCAGCGCCGUGUCUCCGUGUGGAGGCUGGUUGGUUUAUUCCACCGUCUCCAGCGUCCGACUCUACAAGCUGCAGUACAGCAACAACAGCGUCAGCAUCACCAAGGUGUCCAAACUGCCCAGAGAGCUCCAGUCGGUUCACCAGCUCUGCUUCUCCGCCGAUUCCUCCAGACUGUUCGCCGCUUCCAGCCAGUCGUCUGUCGUCGUCGUCGCUCUGAACCAGCUGGAGUGUAAAUACCUGCAAACCCUCCGACACAAGUCCGGCUCCAGACAGCCGGUCCACCUGCUGUUUCCCAGCGAGGACGGUAGAUGGUUGGCUACGGCCAACACCGACUGUCAGAUCCACGUCUACAACCUGCAGAAGAUGAAGCUCCACUGUGCGGUCCCGGUGCACAGCUCGUGUCCCACGGCCAUCGCCAUCCACCCGACCUCCAGCCGCCUCGUCUCCGUUCACGCCGACCAGCAGAUCUUCGAGUUCUCGCUGCUGCAGCAGGAGUACACCGAGUGGAGCCGCAAGCUGCAGAAGCAGGGUCUGCACAGUGUGUGGCUGAAGAGGGACACGCCGGUCACCAGCGUCGGCUUCAGCCCCAGAAACCCGACGCACAUCCUCCUCAACGACACCUUCAUGUUCUGCAUCAUCGACCAGAGUCUGCCGCUCCCCGAGUCCAGGACGUUGCUCCUCAACCAGACGGUGCUGAGGAGUCUCCCCGGUCCGGAGAGAGCCCGGCAGAGCCACGCCUUCAAGAUCUGCAAGAACUUCCAGAACGUCCUGAGCGUGGCUCUGCUGGACGACCUCUCCCUGGCCGUGGUGGAGCGCCCCCUGCUGGACGUCAUGGCCCAGCUGCCUGCGCCGGUCCGCCAGAAGAAGUUCGCCACAUAAACGACCCUGAAGACGGACCUUCGCUUUGUACCACGUGUUUUGAUAAAGAAAUAAAUAGAAUAUUUACUGUUG